AAUAUAGUUUAGAUAGAAGAUGGAGAUACAAAGCGGGAUCCCUCUGCUAAUGCAGCAAAUCAAAGCCCUUGUAAAGAAAAAUAUGUGGUUGGCAGGGAGGAAAAAAACUGCCUUAUACCAACUAUUUUUCCUUAGUUUCUUCUAUAUCUUCCUAAUGUUUGCCAUGGAAAAGAUGAAUGACGCCAUUAACAAAUCAUACCCAGAAAACCGUGACAUGCCGGACCCAUCAUACAACAACCUCUUGCAGCCGAUUCCACAAUGCGAGGAGUUUAGUGUAAGGCAGCCCUGCUAUGACUUUGUUUGGAGCGGUGAAUCGUUAGACUCCAAACGCAGGGUUCAACGCAUUGUUGAUGCUAUCAUGGCUAAUAAUCCAGGUCGACCCAUUCCACCUGCUAAGGUUAAAUCGUUCGGAACUCAAAAAGAAACAGACGCAUGGUUCCUCGAUAACCCUGCACGUAGCCCAGGAGCUCUGCAUAUUGUUGACAGAAAUACUACAGUCAUCAGCUAUGGAAUUCAGCCCAACUCUUCAGUACUCUAUAUAGUUCCAUUUCAACAAAUUUUUCUCAAGUUCCAAAUCCCCCUUCAGAUUGCAGCAGAGCGGGAAAUUGCUCGAACCCUUAUUGGAGAUCAGAGUUUCAACUGGACUGUUGGCAUGAAGCCGUUUGCACACCCUGCCGCCAAGAAAUUAGAGACCCAGCUGUUUUCUGUACUUGGAAAGGCAUGUUUACUGCUGAUCACCGCGCAGGUUUUCCAGAACCAAUUGACCAACUUGGUCAUAGAGAAAGAACAAAAACUUCGUCAAGCAAUGAAUAUAAUGGGGCUAUAUGAUUCUGCCUACUGGCUUUCCUGGCUCACUUGGGAAAUUAUAAUGACGUUCCUAGUUUCAUUAUUCACAACGAUCGUAGGGCUGUGUUUUCGAUUUCCAUUCUUCACGCGCAAUAACUUUCUACUUCUCUUCCUUGCAAUGUACCUUAACCUCCUUAGUAUGACAAGUAUUGCCUUCUUGGCGUCUACUUUUCUCAGCCAGUCGCGCUCAGCAAGCCAGGCAACUAUUUACGUCAUUUUCGGCGGUUUCAUCCUUCAGUUCGUUGCAAAAAUCAUGAAAGAAAAUAAAAUAGUCAAAAUCCUCAAGCAUAUACUGCCAGUGAUUCCCUUCAGCAGUGCCAUUGAUAUGCUUACGACAUCAGCUUCAAGCAGGGACGAUCCAGGAAUGAGCUGGAAAGGACGGAAUAAUUGUCCUGAUGCAGAUCAGGAGGGCGGGGAAGAAUGUGACUUCACAAUGGAUGGCAUAUACAUUAGGCUCAUAGGAAGCUUCUUUCUGUGGCUUUUCGUGGCAUUAUAUUUCGACAACAUACUUCCAAAUGAAAACGGCAUACCCAAGUCACCAUUUUACUUUCUGAACCCGGGAUACUGGACAGGAAGAGGAGGAUUUGAGGCACUCGAAAGUGGCCUUUUCGGCAGUAAAAGUUGGCUUCGAAAACCUGAGAUGAUCACACCAGAUGAUGAAGAUGUCCUUGAAGAAGAAAACAACAUAAAAAAGAUGAUGGAUGGUGGUAGGGUGGAUCCAGAUGUAGCUGUUCAGGUACAAGGUCUUGUUAAGACUUAUCCAGGAAAACUGGAUAAGAAGUUUAAAAGAUCUCCUCCUUUCCACUCUGUUAAGGGCUUAUGGGUCAACUUCCCUAAGGAUCAGCUCUUUUGCCUCCUGGGGCAUAAUGGGGCUGGAAAGACCACAACUAUCAACUGCUUGACUGGUAUAACACCAGUGAGUGGAGGAGACGCAUUAAUCUAUGAGCAUUCCGUUCGAAGUUCAGUCGGAAUGUCCAAUAUCCGAAAAAUUAUAGGCGUUUGUCCUCAGUUUGAUAUCCUCUGGAAUGUAUUGAGUGGUGAAGAGCACCUUGAACUUUUUUGCAACAUAAAAGGCCUAACUCCUGAUUCUAUCCCAACAAUUGUUCACAAAUUACUAGAAGAUGUGCAGCUGGCUAAAUCAGCUAAAGUCCGAUCUGGUAGUUAUAGUGGGGGGAUGAGACGACGUCUCAGUGUUGCAGCAGCCCUUAUUGGUGACCCAAAGUUGGUGAUUCUCGAUGAACCGACUACUGGUAUGGAUCCACUUACUAGAAGACAUGUCUGGGACAUUAUAGAAAGCUCAAAAAGAGGGAGAGCCAUUGUUCUAACAACUCACUCAAUGGAAGAAGCGGAUGUUUUAAGUGAUCGUAUAGGGAUCAUGGCAAAGGGAAGGCUGCGUUGUAUAGGAACACCAAUUCGAUUGAAGAUGCGAUUUGGGACGGGUUUUGUUGCUAAUAUGAACUUCGGCAACAAUGCCGAUGAAACGGGUAACAGAGGUCGAGAGAAUCUGAAGCAGUUGUUUAAAAGGCAAUUGAAUGUUGAGCCCAUGGAGGAGAAUAAGUCAUAUACUACCUAUGUCAUUCCCCGUGAUAAAGAGCUGCUAUUAAAGAAAACAUUCGGCGAGGUCCAAGAUAGACAAAGUGAAUUUGGUAUAACGGAUAUCCAGCUUGGCCUUGCAACUCUAGAAGAAGUCUUUCUGAAUAUUGCUAAACAGGAAGAGAUGGAAAGUGCUGCAGCAGAAGGAAGAUUUGUAACUCUGAGUCUAACAUCUGGUCCCUCAAUACAGAUACCCGUUGGAGCCAGGUUUGUUGGGAUCCCAGGAACAGAGUCUGCUGAGAAUCCUCAGGGAAUUAUGGUGGAAGUGUACUGGGGACAAGAUGAUUCUGGUGCUCCAGAAAUAUUGGGUCACUCACCUGAGAAGCCUAUACCACCUGGCCUAAACGUAACUCUCCCCAAGUCAACAACAACAGAACUUCAAGGAAUUGUCAUUCAUCCUAGCCAAGUUUCUGAUGAAUGUUUUUCCUAGUUGUAAAUUAGGUUUUUUAUUUUCUUUAGCUUAGAAAAUGAAGCAUUUGAUUGAACGGGGGCAUUUGUCUUCUAAUUUCUUAGCAUAUUUGAAAUUAGAAAAUAGGAAAGAAGGUUGAAGAAAGUGUCUUCUUGAUUCCUUGUAAAUACUAGAAACAGUGUCAAUUUUAUUGGAAAGGACUUUGAUUUUUUCUUUAA